AUGUUUGCUGACGACGCAUCAGUCCUGGGUCAGGAUCCCCUGAUCCCACCCGCCCUUCUGAUCUCGGAGAUUCCUAUGACCGAGACUGCACUGCAGACUGUGUUGAAAGGGCGCCGGGAAGCUGCCGCCAUUGUCAUGGGCCAGGACGACCGCCUGCUGGUCGUCGUCGGCCCUUGCUCCAUCCAUGACCCUGCCAUGGCUCACGAGUACUGCACGCUGCUUCGCGAGCUCUCGGAGAAGCUCAAGGGUGACCUCUGCAUCGUCAUGCGUGCCUACCUCGAGAAGCCGCGCACGACCGUUGGCUGGAAGGGUUUGAUCAACGACCCCGAUAUCGACGAGACUUACAAGAUCAACAAGGGCCUCCGCAUCUCGCGGCAAAUGUUCUGCGACCUCACCUCCAGCGGCAUGCCCAUCGCCAGCGAGAUGCUGGACACCAUCAGCCCCCAGUUCCUGGCCGACCUGAUCUCGGUAGGUGCCAUCGGCGCCCGCACGACCGAGUCGCAGCUGCACCGAGAGCUGGCCAGCGGUCUGUCUUUCCCCAUCGGUUUCAAGAACGGCACCGACGGCAGCUUGGGCGUGGCCAUCGAUGCCAUUGGCGCCGCGGCCGCUAAGCACCACUUCAUGGGUGUGACAAAGGAGGGUCUGGCUGCCAUUACGCGCACAAAGGGCAACGAGCACGGUUUCGUCAUCCUCCGAGGUGGUACCAAGGGCACCAACUACGACGCCGAGAACGUCAAGGCGGCCAAGGAGACCUUGAUCAAGAAGGGCCAGAAGCAGGCCAUCAUGGUCGACUGCUCUCACGGCAACUCGAACAAGGACCACCGCAACCAGCCCAAGGUGGCCAAGGUCAUUGGCGACCAGCUCAGGGAGGGAGAGAAGGCCAUUAUCGGUGUCAUGAUCGAGUCCAACAUCAACGAGGGCAACCAAAAGGUCCCGGCCGAGGGGCCAGCGGGUCUGAAGAAGGGCGUCAGUAUCACGGAUGCCUGCAUCGACUGGCAGUCGACAGUGACCGUGCUGGAGGACCUGGCUUCGGCAGUGCGCGCCCGCCGGGAGAAGAACGGACCCAACGGCCAUGCCAACGGCAACGGCCAGGUCACGAUCUUGGAGGAGGAAUAA